UGUACCAGGAGCGGGCUAGUUAGCGAGCAACCGUCUAUGAAACCGCAUAAUAGAACCUGUCCGUCCCACACAGGCACCGGCAGGUAAGUGGAAGAGGACGAAGCCUAAGUGAAAGUGUUGCCAGCCGACGAAGGCCCGCGCGAUGCCCAGCUGAGGCGGCGCCACACUUCAAAUCGAGCCAGCUUCCGAACGCUGCCAAAAGCCGAGACCAAAAGCGAAAGGGGUGUUAUUUGGCGGCGGACGCGUCCACCUCCGGCCGAAACGCGCUCGUACGGUCCGCGGUUCGCGUGAAAUCGGUGCUUAAAGGUGCAUGUGCGGCGGUGAUGUAAGUAUUGGCACAUUAUUCACGUGUUGCACGCCAGGGAUCGGAUGAAGGAGGGCUUCGAAGGAUAAGGGCGCCGCGACGGACACACGUUGGUCCACCUGGAUGUGUCCCGCUCGACCAUUUGAUGCAACCGCUCGGUGCCGUCAUGGAUUCGCGCAUCGGCCUGGACUUCAUCGUCGAGAACCCCGAGUACAUCAGGAAGCUGGCGGCGGCCCUCGACACCAGCAACAUCACCGUGAAGAAGCAGGUCUUCGAGCUGCUGUCCGCGCUGUGCGUGCACAACGAAGAGGGUCACGCUCGCGCCCUUGACACUUUGGAGCAUUACAAGAAACUAAAAGGUGAGAGAUAUAGACUGAACGUGAUAGUCCAAGAACUGGAUCAAGCAACAGCGGUAGAUUACCAAACAGCCCUUGUAGCCUUCAUCAAUUGUCUGAUCAUUUCCACGCCCAGACUGACGGACCGGAUUAGACGACGAAACGAAUUCAUAGGAUGUCAUCUGCUUCCGGUGCUCAACAACCUAAGAAAAUGCGCCGAGGCCGAGCCCGAGCUCGCCGUCCAACUCGACGUCUUCGACGAGCAGCGCGAAAGCGAUGACGCCCAGAGCCUCCAAGGCCCCCACGGCGUCGACCUCAACUCCCCGCUUGACGUCUUCUACGCCAUCCUCAAGCAAGUCGCCGAGACGCCGCAAGAAAUCCCCUUCCUUAGCAUCCUCCAGCACCUCCUCCGCAUCGACCCCAAAGACGCCAUCAGCGACAUCAUCUGGGACACCGCCGAGCGGCUGGUGCAUCGAGCCACCCUAUUGGAGAACCGCGAGGACGCCGCCCGCCUUCUGCGCGCCCCCAGCGCCCAAUCGAAGUUCUUCUGCCACUGCCACUUGCGCUCGGAAUCCAGCCCCACGCGGAGACAGUCGCUGAACACGCCCCAGAGCCCCACCCCGCUCCCGCCUUCACCGCUAGGACAACCUCUGCCUCCGCCCCCUCCGCCUCCGCCUAACAUUCCAGCCCCGCCUUCGAUCCCUCCGCCGGUCCCGGCUCCGCCCCUCAUGCAACAAAAGGCGGCGGCGCCCAAACCCCCGCCCGAAAGCGAUACUGUGAUAGCGAAAUUGCCGCAGCAGGAGAUCCCGGCGCCGAAGAUCAAAAUGAAAACGUUCAAUUGGAACAAAAUCCCGAACAAUAAGGUGGUGGGGAAGAAUAAUAUUUGGACGCAGGUGGCCUACACGCACCAGCACUCGCCGAUGGCCGACAUGGAUUGGCUCGAAAUGGAGGGGCUGUUCUGUCAGCAAGGCCCGCCCACGCAAGCCACGCCCGGAAAAGUACGGGAAGUGGGCGCAACAGAUUCACUCGAUAGAAGAAUGAGAAAAGAAAACUGCGAGAUCACGCUCCUGGAUGGCAAAAGAAGCUUAAACGUUAACAUUUUCCUAAAACAAUUUAGAAGUUCAAACGAAGACAUAAUCCAGUUGAUUAAAGACGGAGAACACGACGAUAUAGGUGCCGAGAAGCUCAAAGGUCUCUUGAAGAUUUUACCAGAAGUGGACGAACUAGACAUGUUAAAGUCGUUCAAUGGGGACUUUAAUAAACUCGGAAACGCGGAAAAAUUCCUGAUCCAACUGACCAACCUACCAAAUUACAAACUAAGGAUAGAAAGUAUGCUUUUGAAGGAGGAAUUCGCCUGCAACAUGAGUUAUCUCGAACCCAGUAUUAAAUCAAUGAUCAUGGCAGCUCAAGACCUGAUGACUAACAAACCUCUAAAGGAAGUUCUCUACAUGAUCCUUGUAGCAGGAAACUUUCUAAACGCGGGUGGUUACGCUGGUAAUGCGGCAGGUGUCAAACUGACCUCCUUACAAAAAUUGACCGACAUCAGGGCCAACAAACCAAACAUGAACCUAAUCCACUUCGUAGCCCUCCAAGCGGAGAAGAAAAACUCGAAACUGUUGACCUUCACCGAAAACAUAAGUGUCCUAGAAGACGCUGCCAAAACCACCGUCGAACAGCUCCAAAACGAAAUCAACGUCCUCGACGUCCGGAUAAAGAAAAUCAAGAAACAAAUCGAUCUACCGAGCACGGAAGCCGAAAUCAAACACCAAAUGACCGAGUUCUUACAAAUGGCCGAAAUGGAAGUGUCUAAGUUGCAACGAAACAUGGAAGAACUGGAAACGGUUCGGACCCAACUCAGUGACUUUUUCUGCGAAGACACCACGUCGUUCAAACUCGAAGAAUGUUUCCGGAUUUUCCACGGCUUCUACUGCAAAUUCAAGCAAGCGGUGACUGAAAACGAGCGUCGAAGGAUCCAGGAGGAGCAAGCUAAUGCGAGACGGCGCCAACGCGAAGAGCUUUUGGCCACUAAACGGAAGCAGAUGGAAAGUUUAGGGGGCACGACCGACUCCGAAGUACCCUUCAUCGAUUUGCAAAUCUACGACAACCGAUACAAUUUUCCAAUGAAAAAGGGAUGGAAAACUACGAAUGGGACGUCGGAGGAUGAGCUUUCGUCGGUGACGGGCUCCCCGUCAUUGUCACGACGCCGCCUGGGUUCGUUCAACGGGAACGGAGACUCUGCCACCGGUCGGGAGGAAAGAUCGCCCGAUAUCACCCCAAACGGGAGUCUGCGGAGGCGGCGAAGCCGCGUUUUGUCCGAAGAAGAUGAAGGAAACUUGAUGGACUUUCUUCGGGCUUCGGGUCAAGAUAAUAAUCGGGAACGGAGGUCUUGGGGUAGUUUGGAUAGGUCGUGGUCGCGCAAAGCCCGCGGGGGUAGUCAAAGAAAACGACCCGCUUUAUUAGGGGCUGAUUUUACCUCGGACCGCGAGCGACCAUCAUCACCUUCCCCCUUAAGCGAGUCCAAACCCAUCCUAUCCGAAGAAGAAACCAAACCCAAGGAGCUGCGCCAGAAAAUCGAGUCCUGGCUACAAGCCAGUGAAAGCGACCAGAACGACGAAAACAGGAGACAAACUAGACGCAUUACCAACCGAAGAUCGCUGGAGAUGGACUCCGAGAGCGAACGAAGCAGCACUUUGGACACCCUUCCGGAAGGAAAACAGGUGUACAGUGGAAGCCAAUCCAGCUACCGGAAGGUGUACCCGGCCUGGGAGCCGUCCAAGACUAUCGACAGCACGGAUGUGGUGAGUGCUAUGGAAGCCGUCGAAGAGGCGCAGCCACAAAUCAAAGACAAAUCGGCAUGGAGGAAAUCCACUUUGAACGUACCGAAUAGUACUGAAGAAACUAAAGACGACUCAAGACAACGACAUCUAAUCCAACCCGAAGAAAACGACAGGAAGAACUUGAUUAGCUCUCUCGGGGAGCGCUCCCCAACCGACAAACUCACUCUAUACAUAAUCAAACCCACCGAAACCCCGAAGACUAGUCUCGGUUACGUCCCCCGAAGACUCCGAGAUUCACCUGAAGACCCAACUAUUAGUAACAAAGUCGAGAUUGAUCAAGACAAUAUUGAGACCCCGCCGGCGACCCGCAAGAUCUUCAUUCCCACUCCCGUCGACAAACGCGAACCCACUCAACCCAGUCCUUGUCGACGCUUGAUGGGUCGUCCCCGUGACUCCCUACCAAGUCCCGACGAGCCCGAACCCAAUCUAGUCCUGGGUGAUGGUCAGUUCGACCGGUUUUCGGCGGCCCGGCGGACCCGCCGGUACAAACGCAGCACUGACAACAACGACUUGUCGUCGCCCCCAGAACCCGCCCCCGAAGCCGUCAAGUCGCCCGAAAAAGACGAAGACAAAGAAACUCGUCUGAAAGCGUGGCAAGACAAGCUUAAAGACACGGAGGUGAGACAUCGGAGGCACCGCCACCAAACCGGAGUCAACCAAGACGACGUCAAAAUGGCUUUACAGCUCAAAAACGAUAUCAACGAAUCCACGAAAAUCGAUAUCCCGAGUCGGAAGAACAAGGAACAUGAUAAUGAUGAAGGGUUCGAGGAGAGUCAGAGUUUGAUGUCGGAGUCGCCGAGUCAGGGGGCGUCUUCCGGAGGCAACUACGAGCCGGACGACCCCGCCCAUAUUGUAAUCGCCGACUUUAGUAAGUCUAAGCCAAUGAGAGCGUCGUCUCUCGAGAGCAAAAGCACGGUGGACUCCACGACGAGCAGCGACGCGCCUGCGAGUAAAAUCGUGCGGAAAGCCCCGCCCAAAUAUGGGCGUGUUCUAGAGAGGGGCACCCCCACGAGGCGGACCGUGCAGGAACCGGCCAAGAAAAGCGUGAUUCCGCGCAGGUCGGAGAGUCUCAGAAAGACUGACUCACAGUCUAACGUGCAGAGGUCCGGUUCGAGGAACAGUAUAGUGAGUUCGAGGAGCUCUCUGAAUAGUUCUGCGUCGACGAGCACCGUGAAGCGGGUUCCCGUGAAGAGUAAUAGUGCGACUAAAGCACCUAUUAGCAAUAAGACUGUGAAACGCAGUCCUUCGACGGGGGGUAGUACCGGAACGAAGCCGCCCAGGCCUCAAGCCAUGUCUUUUAUGAAACCUACGACCUCCAGCUCGACCAAAAUACAUUCCACGAAUCCGGUGUCGAAGCCUGGUACUUAUUUCAGGUCAAAGUAGGCGUUACUCAAGGACUUUCGUUCACUAGUCAAAAGUGCAUUAUUUAACAUAGGUGAAUACUGGUUCAGUCGGACUUGACCGCAACUUAAUUAAUAAAAAACAAAUAUGCAAAAAUCACUUUUCUCAUCAUUAUCUACAAAAGUUUACAGUCUCAUUUUUCACACAGUAUUAUGACAAAUCACAAAAAUAAAAGACUAACAUACUCACUUAAUUAGGUACCAAUUCGCAGCAUCUGAACUUAGCGACAGUUUAUAUUUUUUAUAAUUAUACUUAAUGUCGAACUAAUAACUAAUAAUGUCAUAUUGAUUUGUUACCAAAUAUUUACUUUUAGGUAAUACACCUUUUAUUAAAAUUGUUGCAUCAUUUGUCGAUAUAAAAUUUUUCCCCAAACCACUCACGAUGGUCAUUUAAGUAACUAAAACACAAACACUACACACUGAAUCUUGGAAUCUUGACACUUACUCUAUGAAUAAAUCCAAGUGCUGCAAUAA